UAAGCUUAGUUUUAUCUCGCACAGUACGCGAUUAACAUCACAUUUGGUGACAGUAGCAGGUGCAACAAUCGUUCGUGUAAAUAACAAGAAAUUAGUUACAUGAUUGAUUUAAAUUGGCUAAAGUAGAAAUCGCGACCAUAGUCAGUUGUGCGGGAAAAAUUUUACGUAACCAUUCAUACAUAAAUCAAGUUUUUUUGCAUUUUUUUGUGGUCGUUGAAUUUCAUUUUUGAGCUACUUGAGGACUAUUCGGUAACAAUGGGCCCGAGUAUCGCAAUACUGGCGCUAGUCUCCAUUUGCCAACUAGUAAAGGGCGCUGCGGUUGGUGGUAACUCUGCUUUGUUCUACCUAUCACAAUAUGGAUAUUUGGGAGCGAAUACUAGAAACAUAUUCAAUUCCAGUAACUUAAUUGAUGGACGGGUAUUAAACAACGCUGUAGCCGACUUUCAGAGUUUUGCCGGUUUGGAAGUCACAGGUGAAUUAAAUGAUGAAACCCUGCAAACGAUGUCACUGCCCAGAUGUGGUGUUAAAGAUAAAGUAGGCUCGGGAAGCGACUCAAGAUCAAAGAGAUACGCAUUGCAGGGGAGUAGAUGGAAGGUUAAAAAUCUCACGUAUAGAAUAGCGAAGUACCCAAGAAAGUUAGCGAAGAAGGAUGUCGAUGUCGAAAUAGCUCGCGCUUUUGCUGUUUGGACUGAAUACACCGAUCUAACAUUUAAACCCUCCAAAGGACAAGUACAUAUCGAAAUCCGUUUCGAAAGCGGAGAACACGGUGAUGGGGACCCAUUCGAUGGACCCGGCGGUACCUUAGCUCACGCAUACUUUCCGGUAUUCGGAGGUGAUGCCCAUUUCGAUGCGUCCGAAAACUGGUCGAUAGGCUCUUACCGUGGUACUAACCUAUUCCAAGUAGCCGCACACGAAUUCGGCCAUUCCCUGGGCUUGAGCCACUCCGAUGUACGAUCCGCACUCAUGGCACCAUUUUAUCGUGGCUACGACCCCACGUUCGAUCUCGACAUGGACGACAUUCAGGGCAUUCAGGCUUUGUACGGGAAAAAAACUCGCCGCAAUGGAGUUGGCGAUGACGACAACCACGAAGAGGGAUCCGAUCGCGACGAAGGCAGAAAAACAAUUCCUCCCCCAUCGUACCCUCCUGUGCCGGGCGACAGUGGCUUCUGCAGCGAUUCUAAAUUUGACGCAAUAUUCAAUUCUGCAGACGGACACACUUACGUUUUCAAGGGAUCAAAAUAUUGGUUACUGACCGAGAGUGCCGUGGCUCCUGGGUACCCAAAGGAAAUUUCUAGCGCAUGGCCAGGCUUAUCAUCCGAUAUCGACGCUGCAUUUACCUACAAGAAUGGAAAGACGUACUUCUUCAAAGGAAAGCACUACUGGAGGUACGUCGGCACAAAUAUGGAACCUGGGUAUCCCAAGCUGAUAUCCGACGGUUUCUCCGGCAUCCCGGAUGAUAUUGAUGCCGCAAUGGUAUGGAGCGGCAAUGGCAAAAUUUACUUCUUCAAAGGUGCUAAGUUCUGGAGGUUCGACCCAUCCCAGCGACCACCGGUUAAACGAACGUACCCAAAACCGAUCGAAAACUGGGAGGGUAUCCCUAACAACUUAGAUGCCGCUUUCCAAUACACGAACGGCUACACAUACUUCUUCAAAGAUAACGCAUACUAUAGGUUUAAUGAUAGACAGUUUGCGGUAGAGCAAGCAAAUCCCGCAUUUCCACGAUCCACCGCUUAUUGGUGGUUCGGCUGUAAAUCGGCACCGGGCGGCACAAUAGGUAACAGAAACACACGAGGAUGGUUGCUUGAUGAGGGGAGCGAAUAUGAUUCUCAGAGCAAUUCAAAUGCAGGAUACGAUGCUGUCGACUCAGCUCUACGUAGAUGGUUUAUUAAUAUUAGCCGCGGCUACAUUCCAGAGCCCGUCCACCACGGACCUGUCACCCACUGACGGCUUGCAGCGCUAAUACACACUUCAUAAGUGAUGAUCAAGUACCCGGUAUAGAAGAAGACGGAAAUAAAGAUAAUGGAAGUAGACACCUAGGGGCAUCGUUACUAGUAUUAAUUCUUUCACUAACGGCGAGAUAUUUCAUUUCGUAGUCUUUAUGGUGUAUUGCCAGUGAUAUAUUUUUUUUACUUCCGUCGAAUAAAAUCGUUUUAUAAACGAUUUUUAUACGUGUAUUAAAGUUGACUGACCUUUUUAAUGUAAGUGUGAUGUUAAGGACAGCGUAGUUUUAGGUGUAAGUGUUGAAAACUUUAUAUAGACUCCGCCAUUCAAGACAAUGUUUUUCGUUCAUCGAUUUUGUUGAUUUUGCAAGUUACUUAAUAUGUGAUGUUCAUCUUUUACAAAAUAUCAUUAAUUUAUAUAUCUAUUUGAACUGUUAUUAGUUCGUCUUUCGCAGCAUGAUAAAGAUAAUAUCACGAAAUGUACAGUAGUUAAAUAAAUUUA